CAUCAGUCUUGUGAGGGAGAAGAAGAGGAGGAGGAGGAGGAGGAGGAGGAAGAAGAAGGAGAAGAAACACUUACUCUUGUUACCCGUCUGCUGGUCGCGCACCUCCCUACCCCCACACGCACCCACCACCACCAACAGGCACUUAUAGCAAAAGGCAAACAGAUGUUGGGAAGCAGCAGCGAUUAUGCCGGUGAGGUUGUAACGACAGCAACUCCGAGUGUACCUCAACCUUCAAAACUUCAGGACGCAGAUAGCAAUGGUCCCGGUGGACGUGAAAAUGUAUACCCCUACUCUGAGUAUCCCAACCUUAUGGGUUAUGACAGUAGUGUUAGUCAAGGUCGCCCUUUUCUGAAUGAUACGCAUCCAGGACCUCUGCAGACUCUUGUUAGCCAGUUGGUGGCCAAGAGCGAACUUAGCUCAAACGAGACAAAUUACGACCAUCUUUUGUAUUCAGCCUCGUCUACAGUGGCUGCGGCAGCCUAUUCACCCUUCUACGGCAAUCAGUCGACGGCAAUGUCCACGUCCUUCGAGAACUUCUAUCCACACAGCUAUACAGCAUAUAUGUCUGAUCACUUAAAUAAUUCCACUGAUAUAAAUGGAUUUCCGUAUUCCUCCGCCUACGCAAGCAAUAGAGUGUACGAGACGAAUGAUUAUGGUUCGGCGACGUCUAACUCUUAUCAAAAUCAGCACCCCUCCACGACAAAUGCCAACAAAACGGCGCCCACCACAAGCGCCAUCGAUUCCUCAUCCACGUCGUCAGUCACUUCAACGUGCUCUGCAAUGGACUCAGCCUUUAAUACUACAGGAUUUUACAUAAAACCCGAGGAGGGUGGAAAAGUAGGAGGGUUUUUUACCAUUCCCAAUAAUGCUUCUGUUGCCAUUACUGCUACCACUACUUGCAACUCCAACAGUAGCAUAGAUAAGGAGCAGAGGAAGAGAAUAGUGGAGUCUCGAAGAAACGGUGCAGAUAUAAGGAAGAAAAUGCGAACACAUCAGCAGGCUAAGAAGGCGGAGAGUUCCCCUUGUGUCACCGAGAAGGACGCAAAAACGAGCCUUGUUGUUAGAGAGGAUCACAGUCCUCUAUCAGUAGGAGGUGAUUCCGGGGACGAUUCGACUUCUAGUGACGAGGACGAGCAUGGAAGCGGGAAUAAGGAGGAGCAUAUAAUAGCGCCAGGAUCUCACGGCCAGUGCCUUCUGUGGGCAUGCAAGGCAUGUAAGAAGAAGACAAUGCAAGUCGACCGUCGAAAGGCAGCAACAAUGCGAGAGCGCCGACGUCUGCGCAAAGUCAAUGAGGCUUUCGAGACAUUGAAACGGCGCACCUGCUCCAAUCCAAACCAGCGUAUGCCCAAAGUGGAGAUUCUACGCACGGCCAUUGAUUACAUUGAAAACCUAGAAGAGAUGCUCCAUCGCAAUGGAGUUCUUUUGGGAUCUUCUGCCUCUUCCUCCUCCACUGCAGGCACACUUCUCCGCUCAUCCAAUCGCUAUUCCACCGGUACUGCUACCAGCAAUACCGUAGUAAACAACAAGAUAACCUCCGUAGAAAAUGGCAGAAUUCAACGAGCAGGGAGUGGUAACAGGGGUCGAAAGGCGGGGACACUUACAAAGAGCGACAAAGUAGGGAAUAACCGAGCUGACUACACGACCUUACCUGCCACUUCGGCUGCAAACACUGGUCAGACUCCCUUUAUGAAAAUGGAGACCUCACAAGCUAUGUCAACGGAGGACGAGCCUUCUUACAGGGGGUACAUAACAAGUUUGGCCAACAACGGAUGGUCGGCCUCACUUCCUGUCCACGAUCCCAAUCCCGUCGGUGCUGCUAGCGUGCCCGCUGUCUCCCCUCACCCACCCUGGAGACAUAUGACACCCUCUCUGAGCGGAGCUGAAACGCCCACAUCUGCGGUGCCUGAAAAAGCACUUUGCUGA